UCCUACGUCAUGACGUCAUCGUGACGUAACACGUAAAAAGCUUUACGUGACGAAGCAGCUCCAAAAGGAAGUAAGAGUAAAGUCUUUAAGGAGGACUUGUUGGGACUUGUUUGCCUUUUAAAGUCUUCUCUCUGACGCCAUCAUGGCAAACGGACACAUAGAAAUCCACGACCCCUUCGCCGACGGCGACGGCCAAGAAGCCACCUCAGACGUGGCGAACCUGCAGAACGCCGUGGAGUUCCGCCUCAUGAUGGUGUACGCCCAGAGGCGGCGGGGGGAAAAGCCCAGCGAGUCGUCGGUGGAGGACCCGGCCGACGCCACCUCGCCAAAGAGCGAGCACGAGAAGACGCCGGCCAAGAAGAAGAAGAAGCGGCGAUGGAAACGUCUGACCAGCAUUUUGAGAUGCAUCAAACCAGAGACGGACAGAACUCCUGGAGACCCUCACAGACCACAUGUGAUCAACCUAUGUGCAGGUGACCACGAGGAAGUGGACGAGAUCGAGAUAGUGGCGAGCAGGCUGACGGACAUCGCCGACGACAUUCCCUUCGUCCCGCCCGAGGUGGAGCCGGACUCGCCCGAAGAGGACGCCAACGUGGAGAAGCUGAUUGGCCUCCUGCUGAGGGAGUGUGGAGACCACUACGACCGACAGGUGGCCGAGGAGCUGAGAGACGCUUUAAGGAACACGCAGCUGUGGAACUACACCUUCUAUGAGAGGUUGAUGCAGACGGUCCUGAUCAGGAUGGGCCUCUUCAACCCGGACCCUGAAGCUCCCGGUCCUCAGACUUCACCACAGACUCAGAUAGCCGUCGCCUGUGAAGUCACAAGUCGCCUGUCUGCUGCUGACACACUGCCCAUGAACCGCUUGAUGGGAUACGGCGCCACCUACCUGCAGAACCACUUCUCCUCCUGGGCUAAGCAGCACGGCGGUUAUACGGGAGCCAUCAUCUGUGAAAAUGACGACGACGACGAUGAAGUCCAGUAAUCUUUGGAAGAUGUUUGUUUAUGCCCAUUUUUCUAUUUAAUGAUCACCUUUGUUUACAUUUGACAAAGUGACACCACUAGGUGAAGCACACGGCGGAGGGGAUUUAUGUGUCGGUGCUGUGGCUUUUAUGCAAAUAAAUGAUCAUAUUUGGAUAAGAGUGUGAGAAUCACAUGAUGGUGUUUGGAUGUAAUGUUGGACGGAAAUGAAGGAACAUUGAUGUCAAAAAUGGAUGGAAAAAUAAAGUUCCAUUUAAAGAAUA